AUAAAUAAUGGUUGACGUUUGGUGGUUUGUAAUCGUGUUUACGUAUAUAUUUGCAGUUUCUUCGGUUUCUCUGUUGUGGACGGUGCUCUUGACAACGGCCACACAAAGUACGACGAACAACGUUACAAUUUAAUCUGUGAUUAAAAUAAUCUAAUCGUUGGUUAAUAUUUAUUGCUGUUGAUAAUUCGAACACAGUGUGUCGGUCUAUUUUAUCAGGAGUUAAACUCAAAAUUUUUGUACCAAAUCGUUGUGUUUUCAGUUGUUUUUGUUGUUUGAUGUGAUUUAAUAAUGAACUUGUCGUUCGCCGGUUGUGGUUUUCUCGGAAUCUACCAUGUUGGUGUCGCUGUGUGCUUCAAGAAAUACGCGCCACAUCUCCUCCUAGGAAAGAUAUCCGGAGCCUCCUUUGGAGCGCUCUCAGCCUGUUGUUUGCUUUGUGAUCUCCCCAUAGGUGAAAUUACAACAGAUGUGCUCCGAGUAGUCCGCGAAGCGAGGGCUGGGUCCCUCGGCCCGUUCAGCCCCUCGUUCAACAUACAGAAUGUAUUACUCGAGGGAAUGCAGAAGUACCUACCCCUGGACGCUCACAAGAUCGUCAGUGGGAAGCUGCACAUAUCACUCACGAGGGUGUAUGAUGGGAAGAAUGUUAUGGUGUCAGAGUUCCCCACCAGGGAAGAUUUGUUGCAGGCGUUGCUAGCGUCAUGCUUCGUACCAGUAUUCUCGGGGCUGCUGCCGCCGCGGUUCCACGGCAUCCGCUACAUGGACGGCGGGUUCAGCGACAACCUUCCAGUCCUCGACGAGAACACCAUCACAGUCAGCCCAUUCUGCGGCGAGAGCGACAUUUGCCCCAGGGAUUUAAGCUCACAGCUGUUUCAUGUAAACCUAGCGAACACGAGUAUAGAACUGUCAAAACAGAACAUGAAUCGUUUCGCGCGCAUACUGUUCCCGCCAAAACCGGAGGUGUUGAGCAACAUGUGCAAGCAGGGCUUCGACGACGCGCUGCGGUUCCUGCACAGGAACAACCUGAUAUCCUGCACGCGGUGCCUCGCGGUGCAGUCCACGUUCCAACUGCAGGACGUGUUGGACGACACGACGUAUGACUACGACCCGGAUUGUGAGGAGUGCAAGAUUCAUAGACAAGACGCCCUGGUCGACGACCUGCCAGACACAGUAAUGACGAUAUUCCAAAACGCGAUCGACUCCGCCAACAGUGGAAUAGUCAACUGGGUGAUGCGACAACGCGCCAUGCGAUAUUUGACUUUAAUGACACUGCCCUACCGAGUGCCCAUCGACAUCAUGUAUGCUACAUUUACCAAGUUUGUGACAUGCACACCAAAGAUGAGCAAGUCGUUGUGGCGGCUCAGCCUGAACCUGCUGCAGCAGCUGCACGGGUUCGUGUACACGUCGCACGACAGGUCCGAGGUGGCCGCCAGGAUAUACUACAAGCUCACAGCCGAGGCCAAGAGGGAGAUGAACGAGGGAUACCAGUUGGAGAGGAGACGUGCAAGCGAAUACCGCGUGACAUACGGCGACAUGCGAAUAACGUAUGACGACUCGGACACGUUCGAACAGAUCCUGAACGUGACCUCUCAUCACGACGCACUCCUCGCCUACUACUACCUGGACGGUGAGAAUAAGAUGAAAAUGACGGAAAUAUACGACGUGACGGAUGCGGAUACAGACGCCGUGCAGUCGCCGACGGAGAGAGACGUCAACAAACAACUGGAGUUCGACAAUGACUGGUCCGCGGAACUGCUCUCUGGUAAUGAUGACCUCGAUAUGGACGCGAUGGAUGACGAUGCUCUAGCUGACCGCAACAUAUUCUCCGAUCCCGAAAGCGAAUGGGUGAAUCGGCAAACCGAAUCGAACUCCGAAAGCGAAGCCGAACAGCCAGAGUCUGAUAGAAAAAUUCUAGAGCACAUAGACUGCGAGCGUCUCGCAAAGACCGUGAACAAACGCGCCGUGAUCCUGACGAACUUCAUGCUCACCAACCUGAUGGAGGCUAUCUCACAGCUGCUGUCCAACACCACGCUGCUCACUUCCAUACUGCUCGAAGGGCUGCCGCUCAAGAUACCGUAUUUGAAUCCUUUUUGUGAGGCGCUUCUAGCCAACAACUCUUUGCAACACCUGUACCUGCCGCGGUGCUUGCUCGGCGACGCUGGGUGUCUGGCAGUCUGCAAGGCUGUCCGUUGCCUGCCCAACAUACUCACUUUAGACCUGACAGGUUGUGAUAUCACUCCUGUUGGUGCUAGUUAUAUUGCUGACUUAGUUAAGUAUCAAAAAAUCCACCGCUACAGCGAGAACUGGGUGCACACGUUGCGUUACCGGUUGCCAGAGCUGGACACUAUGGCGGGCCUGAGGCGGAUCACGCUCUGUGGCAACCUUCAGUUGGGAGACAAUGGAGUUACCAAGCUGCUAGAGGUGCUGGCUGAUGACUUGUGGAUUAAGGCACUGGACCUGCAAAAUUGCGGUCUAACGGAACAGAGCUCGGAGGCUGUACUACAAAUGAUGCAAUCGAACACCACCCUUGUGGUAUUGGACUUAAGGCAUAACGCUGAUAUCUUAAGCGAAUCACUGUCGAAAGUGAGGUCUGCGCUGAGGGAAAAUGAAAGAGGUAUUGGAGGACAGUACUCGUGGUUGGGGAACGUGAGUGGGUGUUCAAGUGACGGCAGAUUGGUUAAAACUUCUGCAUCCAAGAAUGGAUUAAUAAAGGACCGAGUUGUAGUCACUAAAAAUGUGCCCACAAAAUAUGUGAACAAAGCUAACGUGGUGAAGAAAGAUAAAGAGUAUACAGAGAUACUAGAAGAGCAACUCCAAGAGGAGAUAUCGCACAGACAGCAGCUGGAAGAGUUAAACUUGCAGUUAGUGGACCAGAUGAGGGAGUUAAAACAACAGCAGAUCAGAUUGUGGGCGAACGGAGCCACGUCAUCGGGUUCAGAACAAUCGUUCCAAGCGAGCUCUCGGUCCGGAGAUCUAUCGAGCAGCUCCGGAUCUACCAGCUCAGUUCCAAUAGAUCAGAACACCUUAUCGUACAUACAGCAAGCUUUCAAGGAUAUUUACGCGUUUAUUAAGAACAAUCAGUGUCAAGGCCAAUGUCUCGACGAAAAGAAAGAACCAGAACAGAAGCAACCAGAAGCGAUAACGGAAGUGUCUGAGAUGGACGAGUUCGAAACAAGCGACAGAGUCAGCAUGGUGCCGAAGAAGGCUCAGAGUACACACGCCAAGGUCACAGAGAAUGUCAAGGUCAACAAGACCACCAAGUCGGCCCACUUGCUCGGAGACACGCAGAGGACGAGGGACAAUGUGGAGAUGAAACCGGAAAUGAUUGAGAGAUAUAUGGGAGACACCAAAAAUUCACACGACGAACGCAUUUUAGAAGAAAUGAUUGCGGCGCAGAAGAAGUAUAAGAAAAGCGUGUCGGACAAGAGCAGCCCGUGCGGCAGCGCGACGAGUUCGGCCGACACGCUGGUGGCCCGGCCGCGUCUGCUCAACCCACGUGAGGCGCUUUACUCCUCCGACGAUGACAGCUCAUAAUUUUGUACUACAUUUAUUUAUUAUUAUAUUUGUAUCAAUAAACUUGUUUGGUUUA